AUGAGCGGGACAAGAAGUGCUGAGGAGUUGGCUCAGCUUCUGCGACAAGCAGAAGAACGUGCUCACAGAGAAGGAGAACGCGCCGCGGCGGCAGAAAUAGAACGGCAGCAAGAACGACAGCGUGCUGACAGAGAACGAGAACGCGCCGAGGCGGCAGAAAUAGAACGACAGCAAGAACGACAGCGUGCUGACAGAGAACGAGAACGCGCCGCGGCGGCAGAAAAAGAACGACAGCAAGAACGACAGCGUGCUGAUAGAGAACGAGAACGCGCCGAGGCGGCAGAGCAUCAAACCCAGCCUACUUCACUCGACGAAUAUAUCGCUGCCUGUCAUUCCCUCGUUUUCGCCAAAUUCAACGUCGAAACGGACCGUAGACUUACCUCCAAGGGCUCCAUCACAAAUCCGCGAAAUAAAUUAUGUCCCACCAAUCUCCGCCCAUGGCCCGACUUCCUGCACCAACAAAGUAUCGUCUUCGGCACCCUCUAUGACACUUUCCCUGCCGAUAAACGCUGUUUCGAAAGCCCAUCGUUCCUGUCCGGCCUAGGAAGCAGGAUUGCGAAGCGCAAGAUCACAGACGAGAAGGCCCUCGAGUACUUCCUGCAUAAUAGCGUCGAGGACCCCGUCAGAGCAAUCAUGGACGAGCUCAAGCAGGUGGAAGAAGUCAAAGGCGCGUUCGAUUUAGGCAACGGAAUCGUCUUCGAGAACCACCCGCAUGUGCUCAGCGACACAGCCGCGGAGGUCGUCGAACGCAACCUCCCAUCGACACCCCCCUCCACACCGCACAAUAGCAAAGUCGACCUCCAACAGCUACGGGCCGAUCAGAUCUGCGUCUACCGAACCGACUCCUCGAACAGCCGUUCGAUGCUCUAUAUUUCCGAGUAUAAACCACCGCAUAAACUCACCGCGCCGCAUCUCCGCCUCGGUUUGCACUCGAUGAAUAUACACAAGGAAGUGGUCAACCGCAAGACGAUACCAACAUCAGUUGACCCAGACGCGCGAUUUCAGUAUCACGCGGAGAGACUUACCGCAGCCGCCAUCACACAGACCUAUCACUACAUGAUCGAAGGCGGGCUCGAGCACGGCCUGUUGACGACGGGCGAGGCAAUCGUGUUCUUGAAGAUUGACUGGCGCGAGCCCGAGACGCUUUUCUUUCAUCUGGCGGAGCCAUCUGCAGAGGUGGCAGCCCACCCCAAGCAUGCCCACCUCUGUACGGCAGUUGCUCAAUACUUGGCCUUCAGUCUGAUUGCCCUUGGCGUGCCAGGCGAGCGACGGCUGCAUGGGCAGGAAGAGCGGCACCGAGCCAUCGGCAAGUUGAAGACGUGGAGAGAGGACUUCGAGACGACGCUGCGAUCCAUUCCGGACGAAGAAAGGCAGCCACCGGACAGCUCGCCAGGCUACGAACCAAAGGUCUACGAGGACGUCGAUAGAUCUCCCUACUUCCUCCGAGGAAAGAGACGAGGGCAUGCGAGGGACGGCCGUACAAAUGAGCAAGUGAGGAGGGAUCCGAACGAAUCAUCCGAUGAGGAAUCGAGACGGGACGUGCCAGACACACCCACUCCUACGGAACGGCGGACACGUGGAAAGGAUCUCCAAAGCCAGGCGGAUCAGGGCGGUCAGGGAACGCGACGGAGUAAGCGAAUCCUGGAGCGUCGGUCGCGAGAUGGUGAAGACGGAGGAGGAAGCCACUUCAAACGCAUGCCAUACUGCACCCAAAAGUGCUUGUUAGGGCUUGUCGGAGGCGGUGUCCUCGACUCAGCGUGCCCGAACAAGUUGCUCCACUGCGAGAAGUCUGCCAACGACCGCGGUCACUGCUGUAGUCGAGAACGUGCAGAUGCUCAUCAUCCAAUCGACCAGACAGAAUUUCUGAGGCGCCUCAGGGAACAACUAAAGAAUUCCUUGGACCGUGGAAUCGCCCCCUUACGACGGGGUGGUGCUCGAGGAGUCUUAUUCAAAGUAUGCCUGCGUGCGUAUGGCUACACCUUUGUCAGCAAGGGUACAGUAGAGGCAUUCAUCAAAGACCUUCAGCACGAGGCAGCGGUUUACGAACGUCUACGAACCAUUCAGGGUGUGCACGUACCGGUGUUCCUCGGGUCUAUCGACCUUCGAACGAUCAACAGAACUUAUUUCUACGACCACCGAGUUUAUGUGGUGCAUAUGACAUUUCUGUCGUGGGGAGGGCAUGAUCUCUACGAGAUAAAGCGCGUGGAGGGUGGAGAUAAGCACCUGGAAGCCAUGAAAACGCGGUUAUUGCAUGCAAUCCGUGAUCAGGGUGUUCAGCACAAUGACGUGCAGGAUGAAAACAUGCUGUUCAGUGAGGAAGUCGAGAGAAUCAUGAUGGUCGACUUCGAAAUGGCGCAGUUUGUGGAGCCACAUCGGCCUCCACUCGAGCAACUUGUGCCGAACAAGCGCCGACGGACAAGGAAGGCUACAAAGAGCAGCAAUUUGGUAUUGGCCGGUCGUGGCUGUGCCCUUUUGAAGUAG